AUGAAAAAACGAGGGUUGGUGCCCACGGAGGCCACUUACACGGCCCUGUUCAACGCCUGUGCCGAGUCGCCGUGGAAGGACUCAGGGCUGCAGAGCGCCCUGAAGCUGCGGCAGCAGCUGCAGAGCAAGAACGAGGAGCUGAACCUCAUCACCUACCACGCCCUGCUGAAGGUCUGCGCCCUCUGCUCGGACCUCAGGAUGUGCUUCGACGUACUCAAGGAGAUUGUGCAGAAGGGGCAUGUCCUGACAGCUGAGACCUUCAGCUUCCUUCUCAUGAGCUGCAUAAAGGACAGUGAAAACGGGUUCCGAUACGCCCUGCAGGUUUGGAAACAGAUGACUAAACUUGGGAUAAAGGGCGACAGCCACACCUACAACCUGAUGCUGCGCGCGGCGAGAGACUGUGGGAUCGGCGACCCCGCCCUGGCCUCUGAACUCCUGCUCAGACCCCCUGAGAACUCACCUCAGCUACGGCUCCCAGCUGGGAAGCAGAAGGAAAGGAUGAGAAAUCGAAGGAAGAAGGGAUCAGAGAGUGUUCCUGUCCGGCUGGAUGUGGAAGCCAUGGAGAAGCAAUUAUUUCAGGAGAGCUCGGUGCAGGCCGAGGAACCGAUUCAGCAACAAAAUAAAGGUGUGAAUCAGGCUGAAGAAGAACCAGCUGCUCCUGACAGCCCCAGUGUCACCCACGGCAGGGCUGGAGCCUUGAUGAGGAGAGGCCACAGUGAGAUGGAGCUGGAACAGGCACACCCAAGCCAGGAGCUGCCUUUCUGCAACCUGCCCAACUUGCUGGAUUCCAGGAUGCCUGACGCAGCCGUGGUUUCCCUGGGGACAGUGGCCACGCCAUCCCACAGACUGGCUUUGAUGGGGGACGUGGAGGGAUUCUUGAACAAAAUGAAAGAGGACAAUGCAGAGCCCAACAUUAAAACAUUCACGUUACUGGCUGAGCUGGUGGAACCCCAGAGCCCCUCAGAGUCCUCCUUGCUGGCACUGCUGGAUGAGCAUAAAGUGAAAGUAGAUGUGGCCUUCUUUAACACUUUAAUAAGGAAGAAAAGCAAACAGGGAGACCUGGAGGGAGCAAAGAGCGUGCUGCCAGCUCUGGUGAAGAGGGGACUGUCACCCAACCUCCAGACAUUCUGUAACUUGGCAAUUGCCUGCCACCAGGAGAAGGAUGGACUGCAGCUGCUCUCGGAUUUGAAGAGGUCUGGAAUAACUCCCAACAAGUACAUCUACAGCACCCUCAUUGCUGGUGCUGUGAGGAAGCUGGAUUACAGCUACCUGACGGAGAUCCUGCGGGACAUGAGGAACAGCCAGGUGCCUCCCAACGAGGUGAUCAUCCGCCAGCUGGAGUUCGCAGCGCAGUACCCCCCAAAAUUCGACAGGUACAAGUCCAGGAACCCGUACCUGGAGAAGAUUGAUGGUUUCCGUGGCUACUACCACCGGUGGCUAAAAGUUAUGGCUGGAGAGGAGACCCCCCACCCCUGGGCCAAAUACAGGACAGCCAAACGAGGGGUGCAGCACAGUGAGGCCGAGGCUGUGCAGGAACAGUGA